GGCGUCAUCUCGCUAUCACACAAUCCUGCGAGCGCUGAUUGCUCAAGUUUGGAUAGAUCCGUUCCAAUUGCCAUUAUAAGAGUCAGAUUCACGAUGAGAGAUCCUUGGCCACGGCUGUUCGCCAUAAUACCCGAGCCCUGCGGCGGAGCGCAUCCUACGGCCCUUAUCAUGACCGAGUCGGAGGCAUCCUGCCAGUCAAACAGAAGCGUUGGUUGGAUGAGCAGGACCAAGACUGUCAUCGCCACGAACAAGAAUUCCGAUGAUCAAGUAGGACCCAGCCUGUUGGGAUUUGGAUGUCAGUUAGCGGCGGAGAUCCGAGUGACCAUUACCAUUAUACCAUGGGGGGCGCAAGGGAUCCUCGGCCAGCCAGUGCAAGAGGGAAAAGCUCUCGACCAGGUCCAAGAAAAAGCCAGCGAUACGUUCGUCUACGGGUGGAAUUGUGAGCAGAUCGAAUUGCCGUGUACCGCAAUGUGGCUUGCCGAUGGACGAGUCUCGUUCUUGGAUGAUUUGGGGGAGGAAGAUGCAGGCUCCUCGAAGGGAGAUAGGAACAGGAUGUAGGUAGGGGUGGGUAGACGGUGAGG